AUGAGUGGUCUUCUCGAAUCGCUGUUGAUUGAACUUGGACUACGAUCUCAACCUCUGCCACCCCCGCCGGUUAGCCAGCCACAUGACCACCAAGCUGAGUCUCGCCUGAGCGAAGCGCCGGAAGCCACAAUAAGCGAAUGCGAAGAGGAGAGCUUAGAUUCUCGACCGGGCCAAGACUGCAGACAUAAAGCAAACUGCGGAGAUGCGGGGUCCCUGCAUAGCCCUCCCUUCUUCACAACUUUACCCAAAGACAUGGAUGGACGAAACUUGCAGCCGGAGGGCAAUCGAGAAGCCUACUAUGACACACCUGGGUCCAUUCGAAAUGUAGCCGCUGCCACAGAUGACUCGUCCGAUCACACACAUGAAGCUGGCCUCAAUAUGCAGCAGGCCAGUUCUGGGAACACCCAACCUUCACACAUCGAGGCAGUGAAUGCGCAAAAUACGCCAGAAGACAUGACUGCUGCGAUAGCAAUCGAAGGGUCUAGGCGAUCACUGAGCAACGCGUCUGAUCUCAAUGGAGUGGGCCAUUCUUUGCUUCCGGCAGAUGAUGGGAUGGGUGUUCUGAGAAGCAGGAUCAUUGCCAUCAGAAACCUAGAAGUUACCAAUGGCGAAAAAGCGCGAAAAGUUCAUGACUUGAUGACAGAAAGCUACAACUCGUCGCGAGAUCCUUUGAAUGUUUCUUCCACGAGGUUGUUGUCCCCGCCCUCGAGCCCACUACCCACAAGUCCAAAGACUAUGCAGCCGAGUAAUAUGUUUAAAUUAAACCAAACAAACCCAGAUGGAAUUACUCAUUACGAGAGCUCAUUCAAUCUCACGCCCGAAGACUUGCAACCCACCUACGUCCCCAAGACGGAGCCUGAACCACACGAAGGUGAGUUAGGCGAUGAAGAUUUGGAUACGGAAGAUUUGGAAGAGGCCACAAUUGGUUGUGCGCAUUAUCACCGCAAUGUGAAGUUAGAGUGCCAUACUUGCAAGAAGUGGUACACUUGCCGGUUUUGCCAUGAUGAAGUGGAAGACCACGCUCUCAUUCGCCGAGACACAGAGCACAUGCUGUGUAUGCUAUGUGGACAUGCCCAACCUGCAGCACAGGACUGUAGAAAAUGCGGUGAACAGACAGCGCAGUACUAUUGCGAAAUAUGCAAGCUCUGGGACAAUGACAGCAAGAAGAGCAUCUACCACUGUAACGACUGUGGGAUCUGUCGAAUUGGACAGGGUCUAGGGAAGGAUUUCUUCCAUUGCCUGACUUGCUGCGUUUGUUUGCCAAUGUCGAUUGAAAACACUCAUCGCUGCAUUGAAAGAUCCACACAGUGUGAUUGUCCUAUCUGUGGAGACUAUAUGUUCACGUCUCCUGAGACCGUUGUUGUUAUGCGAUGUGGCCACAGCAUUCAUCACAAGUGCUUAUCAGAGUAUUCCAAAAGUUCUUUCCGCUGUCCAAUCUGCAGCAAGACAAUAACCAACAUGGAAGCCACUUUCCGAAAUCUGGAUCGCACCAUUGAGAGUCAACCUAUGCCUGCAGAAUUCAAGGAUACAAAAGGUCUUGUUUAUUGCAAUGAUUGUGGUUCAAAAUCAGUUGUUAAGUACCAUUGGUUGGGCUUGAGAUGUGAACUAUGCGAGUCAUAUAACACAGCUCAACUUCGCAUUCUGCAUGGAGACAUGUCAGCUCAGCCCGAGGAAGAUGAUGGUGAGCAUCUUCCAUCUCGACCUCGAUCAUCCUCGGUCAUGGAAAAUGAUGAAUCCAUGUCAUCUUCGCUGGCAGGAUUGAAUGUCGAUCCCGGCUCGGCUCCUCGUUCACGGCUCAGUGUACCAUCAGUGGAACCCGAAAGACAAUUUGCAUCAUACAACAUUACUCGCGGUCGUGCUGUCUCGCCGGUCGUAAGCAACUACUUUGGACUUCCCACUGAGCGUGAGUCUGAGAAGCCUUCAUCAUUGCCAUUUUUUGGAAGCCCAUCAUCGCGCAGUGUCAACGACACCGACUUUGGUGCAUUGAACUUCUUGAGCAAGAAGCUCACUUAUCCAUAUGGGCUGUUUGGAGGCGAGACAAGGGCGACCGAUGACAUAUCAGAAGGUGGUGAGGAAGAGGAAGACGAUGCAGAGUCAUCAGACUCCGCUGAAUCAGCUGGCUCCCGGGGCAAUGAGGAUGAGGAGGAUGAGGACCAUCUCGAUAUUUUUGGCCAUCGAUGA